AUGCAGCAAAGCCCCAAGAUCCACGGUCAGCCCGCUGAUGAGACCCGGUCCACCCGGGUCCCAUCAACUCAGAAAAAGUCUCACGACCCAUUGGUGCACCUGCUCGCCGGCGCGAGCGGCGGCUUCGCAACAGCAAUCGUCACAUCACCUCUCGAUGUCCUUCGAACACGUCUCCAAUCGGAUUUCUACCAACGUCCUUCUCCAUCUUCCCCCGAUGCACCUCUCCAUAAAAGUCACAAAACCGCCCGAAUAAUCAGCAACAUCUACCGCGCCGAGGGAUGGAAAGCAUUCUUCCGCGGCCUAGGUCCCAGUCUCGCAGGCGUGGUUCCCGCAACAGCGAUCAAAUUCUACGUCUACGGGAACUGCAAGCGCAUCGGCGCCCAAAUGACAGGUUUUGGCGAAGACUCAACCCUCAUUCACGCGCAAGCCGCCAUCGCCGCCGGAAUCGCCACAGCCACGGCGACAAAUCCGAUCUGGCUCGUCAAGACACGGUUGCAACUGGAUAAAAAUCAGGCUACCGGAGGUCGCCGUUACAAGAACAGUCUCGACUGCUUGCAACAGGUCCUUCGCCAAGAAGGUAUCCGAGGUUUAUACAAGGGUCUCAGCGCGAGUUAUCUCGGUUCAGCGGAGACAGCACUCCACUUGGUCCUGUACGAGCGUUUGAAGACAAUGCUGCAUAGCUCCCUCGGAUCACCGGAUGGACAGGACACAGCUACGCAGCGGGAGAUCACAAGCUGGAUCAGCACGACUGGAGCGGCCGGUUCUGCCAAGUUUGCUGCGGCACUGCUUGCUUAUCCCCAUGAGGUUAUUCGAACUCGCCUCCGCCAAGCACCUCUCGAAAACGGAAAACCGAAAUACACCGGCCUGGUGCAGUGCUUCCGUCUCAUCGCCAAGGAAGAGGGAAUGGCUGGCCUUUAUGGAGGUCUGAUGCCUCACAUGGUGCGAUCCAUUCCGUCGGCUAUCAUCACGCUGGGCGUAUAUGAGUUCGUCCUGCGCUUUGUAGGCACGUCGUAA